CGCCGCCAGAACGACAGCAGCAUGCAACCCGGCGUCGUCUACGCGCUCUCGGCCUUUAUCACGUGGGGUCUCUACCCGCUCUACUGGAAGCAGCUCACGUCCGUGCCCGACAUCCAGCUGGCCAUGCACCGCAUCGCGUGGUCGUUUGUCUUGCUUGCGAUCAUCUUGAGCGUCAAGCAGCAAUGGAUCGCGUUCAAGCGCGGCAUCUCGAGCUGGAAGGUCCUCGGCACAUACGCACUCUCGAGUGUCUUUAUCUUUACCAAUUGGUAUAUUCUCGUGUGGGCCAUCAACGCCGGCUACAUCGUCGAGACGAGCCUCGGCCUCUUCAUCAACCCGCUCAUCAACGUGCUGUUUGGCGUCGUCAUCUUCAAGGAGACGCUCAGCAAGUGGCAGUGGGCCGCGAUCGGGCUCGCCUUUAGCGGCGUUGUUGUUGUCGCAGUUGCGUACGGCAAGUUUCCGUGGGUCGCAUUUACGACCGCGAUUACCUUUGCACUCUACGGUUUGAUCAAGAAGCAAGCGCCGCUCAACCCGCUCCAUGGCAUGAUGCUCGAGACGUCCAUUUUGUUUCCUAUCGCCGUCAUGUACUUGGUGUACGCCGAGAGCCAAGGCAUUGGCGCCUUCUUGCACGUCAGCGUCGGCCGCAACGCGCUCCUCAUUGGCGGCGGUGUUGUCACCGUCGUGCCAUUGCUCCUCUUCUCGGCUGCGGCGCAGCUCAUUCCAUUGAGUCUACUCGGGAUCUUGCAGUACAUUGCACCGAGUUUGCAAUUCCUUCUCGGUACGCUGGUGUAUGAUGAACCGCUCUCGAUGUUCAAGCUCGUGGGCUUCAUCCUUGUCUGGACCGCGCUCGCACUGUACACGGCCGAGGGUUUUUUGUGCCACCAAACGCCCAAGGAAGUGAUCGUUGCCGUGCCAACGCCCACGGGCUCGGACGAGAGCUCGGUCGUAUUUGAGCAAGUAUAGCAUAGACACAUAACUUUAAAUAACUAGGAAAAAUAUGAUAUUGAAGAAAC